ACAUGGGGGGAGAGUGUGAGUGUGCAAGGGCAUGUGCAAGCAGGGGAGGCAUGCACAGGGUAUGAACAUGCAGAUCUGCACGUGAACAUGCAUGGCGUGUGUGGACACAAGUGUGAGGGCACAAAGGGAGGCAUGUGUCUGCAUGUGCACGAGUUUACAUUCAUGUGAGCAUGCACUGGUGGGGGCAUGGGUACGCACAUGCAUGUGAGCGUCUCAGGUUUGCGGGCUUGUAGCUGACCAGGACUGUGCACACGUGUGUGCAUAUCAGGGGCAUAUUAGAUGUGCUUUUGAAUGCACACAGCUGUUCACAUUGUGCACAAGUGUAUGAGUACACACAGGUCUUGUGCUUGAACACUGAUGCUCACAUGGUUGCACACAUAGAUGUACAUGUGUGAGCAUGCAGAGGGAGGUGUGGACAGCAACAUGAUUAUACUUGUACAGAGACAAUCACACAGGUGUAUGAGAAUACACACAUCUCCAUUAAUGUGUAUGCUGUGUACAGGGACACGUGUGCAAGCAUGCACUCUGCAUGCACAUGUGGGCUUUCCACAUGCCAUGAUUGAGGCAGUGAGCACGUAGCAGAGGAUUCAUGCUCCUUUUGCACAUCCAUGCAACUUCUGCACGCCCGUGCUCCCUUUGCAUGUCCAUGCUCCUGUUGAACAACCCGUGUGCUGCGGCCGAGGCUCGGGGUGCAGCAGGCACAGGCGGGGGCUGCGGUACCCGGAUCUGGGCAGGAGGCGGGCAGGAGGCCGGGCUCUGCUGCCUGUAGCCAUGAACAGCGGCCCCAAACCUGGGGCUUCGCCGUCUGGCCCCGGCACCCCGUUGGGUCCCCAAGCCAUGCAGCAAGUCCUCGACAACCUCCUGGGCCUCCCCAGUGCCCCAGGUGCUGCUGACCUUGAUCUCAUCUUCCUCCGCGGCAUCAUGGAGAGCCCAAUAGUAAGGUCCUUGGCAAAGGCCCAUGAGCGACUGGAGGAGACAAAACUGGAGGCAGUGCGGGAUAACAACGUGGAGCUGGUGCAGGAGAUCCUGCAUGACCUUGGGCACCUGGUGCAGCAGGACAGCACAGCAGCCGAGCUGGCCCGCAUCCUGCGUGAGCCCCACUUCCAGUCCCUGCUGGAGACCCAUGACUCAGUGGCCUCCAAGAGCUAUGAGACACCUCCGCCCAGCCCUGUUCUGGAUACAACCUUCAGCAACCAGCCUGUGCCCCCCGACGCUGUGCGUAUGGUGGGCAUUCGCAAGACAGCUGGAGAGAAUCUGGGAGUGACGUUCCGAGUGGAGCGGGGGGAGCUGGUGAUUGCCCGCAUCCUGCAUGGGGGCAUGGUGGCCCAGCAGGGGCUGCUGCACGUAGGGGAUGUCAUCCGAGAGGUGAAUGGGCAGGAGGUGGGCAGCGACCCACGGGUGCUGCAGGACAGCCUGCGCCAUGCCAGUGGUAGCGUCGUCCUCAAGAUCCUGCCCAGCUACCAGGAGCCACACCCACCCCGGCAGGUCUUUGUGAAGUGCCACUUUGACUAUGACCCAGCUUCCGACAGCCUCAUUCCCUGCAAGGAGGCUGGGCUACGCUUUGCUGCCGGAGACCUUCUGCAGAUUGUCAACCAGGAUGAUCCCAACUGGUGGCAGGCAUGCCAUGUGGAAGGAGGCAGUGCGGGACUUAUCCCUAGCCAGCUGCUGGAGGAGAAGCGAAAAGCCUUCGUGAAGCGAGACUUGGAGGUGGCCCCCACAUCUGCAGGGGCCCUGUGCAGCAGCCUCAGUGGGAGAAGGAAGAAGAGGAUGAUGUACCUGACCACAAAGAACGCAGAGUUUGACCGCCAUGAGCUGCUGAUCUAUGAGGAGGUGGCCCGCAUGCCACCUUUCCGAAGGAAAACCCUAGUGCUUAUCGGUGCCCAGGGCGUGGGGCGACGCAGCCUCAAGAACAAGCUCAUCAUGUUCGACCAAGCGCGCUACGGCACCACCAUCCCCUACACAUCACGGAAGCCCAAGGACAGCGAGAAAGAUGGGCAUGGGUACCACUUCGUAUCACGGGGUGAGAUGGAGGCAGACAUCAAGGCAGGUCACUAUCUGGAGCACGGCGAGUAUGAGGGAAACCUCUACGGCACCAAGAUUGACUCCAUUCGUGCUGUGGUGAACGCUGGCAAGAUGUGCAUCCUGGAUGUCAACCCACAGGCAGUGAAGGUGCUCAGGACAGCAGAAUUUGUGCCCUAUGUGGUCUUCAUCGAAGCUCCCAGUGCCGAAACCCUGCGGGCCAUGAACCGUGCAGCACUGGAGAGUGGCGUGGCUAUCAAGCAGCUCUCGGAGGCUGACGCCCGGCGGACAGUAGAGGAGAGCAGUCGCAUACAGCAUGGCUACAGCCAUUACUUUGACCUGAGUCUGACCAACGACAACCUGGAACACACCUUUGGGCAGCUGCGAGAGGCCAUGGAGCACCUGCGGGCUGAGCCCCAGUGGGUGCCUGUCACCUGGGUCUAUUAGCAUGUGUGUACAUCCGAGCACACACACACCCCCCCCCCCCUCUACUUCUGUCUUGAGGCCCACGGUGAUGAGCAUGCCUUGCUCAGCACCACCACUGUAGGGUACAGCUCCUCCCUCCCUCCCUCCCACCAUGAUUAU